CGCCAUACGAAUCAAGAAACCACUUUAGUAUUCACUUUAGUAUUCAAGGUACCACGGUUAUGUCUUGUUGCCUGUAUGGUACCUGAAGGAGCAAGUGGGAUACCUACAGGAGAUGCUGUAGGACCACUGUAGGACCAUACUCUCCUUAUUCAUAUGUAGCCACUUCUUGUAACAGAGUAGUACCGAAAGUAGGUACGAAGGGACUACCACUACUAACUACUCCCACACAUAUAAUAUCAUAUACUACUCUUCUCCUUCUUCCUUCUUCCCUUCCAGUCGAGAGUCUGAAACUUCCUCCUCUAUAUAAAUCCCUCUCUCUCACCCCAUCCUCACCUCAUCUACCACAUCCCCCUCACACACACAGUCAUCAUGGCCAACCCACCACACGGAGGUGAACUCAAGGACCUGCUCGCCCGCGAUGCCCCGAGGCACGCUGAGCUCUCCGCGGAGGCUGAGACCCUCCCCGCCCUCGUCCUGAGCGAGAGGCAGCUUUGCGAUUUGGAAUUGAUCCUCUCCGGUGGCUUCUCUCCUCUUGAAGGUUUCAUGAACGAGGCCGACUACAAUGGCGUCGUUGCAGAGAACCGUCUUGUCGAUGGCAACCUCUUCUCCAUGCCCAUCACUCUCGAUGCCUCCGAAAAGUUGAUUGCCGAUCUCGGCCUCAAGGCCGGCGGACGAGUGACCCUUCGCGAUUUCCGUGACGACCGCAACCUUGCCAUCCUCACCAUUGAUGACAUCUACCAGCCAGACAAGGCAAAGGAGGCCAAGGAGGUCUUCGGCGGCGACCCAGAGCACCCAGCUGUCAAAUACCUCUACGAGACCGCAAAGGAGUUCUACAUCGGUGGCAAGAUCGAUGCUAUCGACAGGCUCGAGCACUACGACUAUGUCGCCCUCAGAUACACCCCCGCCGAGCUCAGACUCCACUUCGACAAGCUAGGCUGGUCCCGCGUCGUCGCCUUCCAGACCCGUAACCCCAUGCACCGCGCCCAUCGCGAGCUGACCGUCCGCGCCGCGCGCUCCCGCCAAGCCAACGUCCUCAUCCACCCCGUCGUCGGCCUCACCAAGCCCGGAGACAUCGACCACUUCACGCGCGUGCGCGUGUACCAGGCCCUCCUCCCACGCUACCCCAACGGCAUGGCGGUCCUCGGCCUCCUCCCCCUCGCCAUGCGCAUGGGUGGUCCCCGCGAGGCCAUCUGGCACGCCAUCAUCCGCAAGAACCACGGUGCUACCCACUUCAUCGUCGGUCGUGACCACGCCGGCCCCGGCAAGAACAGCGCGGGCGUUGAGUUCUACGGCCCGUACGACGCACAGCACGCCGUGGAGAAGUACCGCGAGGAGCUCGGCAUCGAGGUCGUUCCCUUCCAGAUGAUGACCUACCUCCCCGAUUCCGACGAGUACAAGCCCGUUGACGAGGUGGCCAAGGGCAUCCGCACGCUCGACAUCUCCGGCACCGAGCUGCGCUCGCGUCUUCGCUCCGGCCGCGAGAUCCCAGAGUGGUUCUCGUACCCCGAAGUCGUCAAGGUUCUCCGCGACACCCACAAGCCCCGCUCCGCGCAGGGCUUCACCGUCUUCCUCACCGGGUACCAGAACUCGGGCAAGGACGCCAUCGCGCGCGCCCUGCAGGUCACCCUGAACCAGCAGGGCGGCCGCUCCGUCUCCCUCCUCCUCGGCGAGACUGUGCGCGCUGAGCUCUCCUCCGAGCUCGGCUUCAGCCGCGCUGAUCGCACGCGCAACAUCGGGCGUAUUGGCUUUGUGGCUGCUGAGUUGACCAAGGCCGGUGCUGCUGUCAUCGCUGCCCCCAUUGCACCAUACGAGGAUGCGCGCCAGCAUGCGCGUGAGCUUGUCGGGAAGUACGGUGAUUUCUACCUUAUUCACGUUGCUACCAGCCUUGAGUACGCCGAGAAGACGGACCGUAGGGGCGUGUAUGCGCGUGCGCGCUCUGGGGAGAUCAAGGGCUUCACCGGUGUGGAUGAUCCGUAUGAGGCGCCUACGGCGGCGGAUCUGGUGGUGGAUGCCGAGAAGACGAAUGUGCGUAGUAUUGUGCACCAGAUUGUGUUGUUGUUGGAGAGCAGGGGGCUUUUGGAUAGGAUCUAAAGAUCUAAAGUACUCUAGAGGAGAGAGAGUGGACUUGUUGGCGUUUUUGGGAGGGGGGGAUGAAUGCAUGCAUGUAGAUGAUGAUGUGAACACGGGGG